GUAUAUCAAAACAGCUAUAUUCUAUAUUAAAAAUCAUAAUAAUUCAUAUAAAAACAGAAAAUCAAAUUAAUUUUAUUAAAUAACGUCAUAUUCAUAUUGGAUACAAGAUUUGGAAUCAAGAAAUCAUUAACUUCAGCCUUUGUUUGUCUUACAAUUGAGGUUAUAUGUUGUUAUGACUCAAGGUGAUUGUGUUGUGAGAUGAUUUGAAGAUUUCAACUUGGUGCCUUCAUAUAUUCUGCCUUAUAUGGGUUGAGGAAGUGUCACGGUUAUACCUGGAUCAGUUAUAACUAAACUUUCAUCAUGAGUAACCGCGAAGCACCUAGUGGUUCGGGAUCACAAGGCGCGGAUAAGGGAGAGAAUAAUACCCAAACCCCAUCCCAACCCAUGCCUGCUGGAUCCAGCAGUAGCAGAUACUAUGCCAGUGAACCAAUACAGUUCAGAGUCCGGGGGUCUACCAUAACAGGUGCAUCGCCUCCAAAAUUUGUAACUUUAGAGGAUAUUAUGAAAGCAGCUCAUGGGAUGCAGAACAUGGCUCUAGCACAUGAAAUAGCGGUUGAUCAGGACUUCAAAUUGGAGCCAUUUGAACCUCCAGAUAACAGCUACCAAAAAUUAGUAAAAGAGACAAUGCACAGGGCAUAUUUUGAUAUAUUAAGAGAGCAACUUAAUUCUGACCCUCCUGAGUAUAAGCAGGCACUUAUACUACUUGAAGAUGUUAAACAGGGUUUGUUCUCCAUUCUACUCCCGCGUCAUACCCGAAUUAAAGAGAUGAUAGAGGAGGUCUUAGAUGGAGAAUUCAUAAAACAACAGGCGGAAAACAACAGUUUAGACUUCAACAAGUAUGCGAAGUUUGUGAUAGACCUUAUGGCUAAGUUGGCAGCGCCGGCGAGGGAUGAGAUGAUACAAAACAUUACCAUACUCACAGAUACUGUAGAUGUAUUCCGAUCGAUUCUCGAAACGCUGGAGGUAUUAAAACUAGAUUUGGCAAACACGCUAAUAGCAAUGAUACGGCCGCACGUACAAAAAGAAAGUGUUCAAUAUGAGAGGGUGAAGUUUGAUGAAAUGCUUAAAGUUUCUGAAGAUGGUUUGCAGCAUACCCGGGAGUGGUUGAAACGGAACAUAGACAAAACAGGUCUAACAAUCCCGGUUACUGAUCAGAAUGUCAUUAGAAAUGUAACAGCGCAGACCCUGGCUAAAGCUUAUUUGGAGUUGCUUGAGUGGGAUGGUACAAAAGGCUAUCCAGAGACGAUAUCCCUAGACGCUCCAAGAUUUGCCGAGUUGGGUACUCAGGUCUACAGGCUGGUGUGUGUAGCAUCCCUGAUGCUGGCCAGUCCAUCCUGUGCCACAGAUCCAAAUACAGCAGCCCAACACAAACAAACUCUGAAGGAUAAAAUUGUUAUCAUUAUGGACAACGCUUCUACUGAUGUAGAACUUCAAGCAGUCUUGCCAUCUAUAGCUGAAGAAGUGGUACUUGUAACUGACCAGCUCCUAGAGAAUCUCAAUCAAGAACCACUUACCUCUGAUACUAAGGAACUUAUCAGAACACAAAUAAUCUCCCUGAAGGACCCUGAACAUAGGGUCAGGCAAAUAGUUCGUCAACGCGUGCUAGAAUUUCUAAAAAUGAUACUAGUAUGCGCGGGUGGUUCUCGACAAAUACCGGUCGGUCUGUCCGCCUUGUCUCGUGAGUUGACAUCUGUCUCGGGCACCUUACUCCGGUAUGUCAUGCACAACAAGGCUGUUUUUACCAGCCACUACCUGGACAUCGUCACCGAGGAACUGAGCAGGAGUUAAAUGUACCCGCUAGGU